GCAAAACGUUGCGUGUGAUUGGAUGCUUUGACCGUAAUAAAUAACGGGCAGCUCGCUAGUACUUCCCUUUCCUGCUUCCGUACAAAGGACGAGGCAUCUCUGCGCAUCUUUCUCUUCGACCUCCUCACCUCUCGAAAUUAGACCAGAUUAACUGCUUUGAGGAACAGCAAGCAUGUCGAAAGGACCAGCAGUUGGUAUUGAUCUGGGGACCACCUACUCCUGUGUUGGUGUCUUCCAGCAUGGAAAAGUUGAAAUCAUUGCCAAUGACCAAGGCAACAGGACAACACCUAGCUAUGUGGCCUUCACAGAUACUGAAAGGCUGAUAGGUGAUGCAGCGAAGAACCAGGUUGCAAUGAACCCCACCAAUACAGUGUUUGAUGCCAAGAGAUUAAUUGGCCGGAGGUUUGAUGAUUCAGUUGUACAAUCUGACAUGAAACACUGGCCAUUUAUUGUAGUUGAUGACAACACUCGCCCAAAGGUUCAAGUUGAAUACAAGGGUGAGACGAAGUCCUUCUACCCAGAGGAGAUCUCCUCAAUGGUGCUUACUAAGAUGAAGGAGAUUGCCGAAGCUUAUCUUGGAAAAUCUGUCAACAAUGCUGUAAUCACAGUACCUGCCUACUUCAACGACUCCCAGCGCCAGGCUACAAAGGAUGCGGGAACAAUCUCUGGUCUGAAUGUCUUGCGUAUAAUCAAUGAACCGACUGCAGCUGCUAUAGCCUAUGGAUUGGACAAAAAAGUUGGUGCAGAGAGGAAUGUGCUCAUAUUUGAUCUUGGUGGUGGCACCUUUGAUGUUUCAAUUUUGACCAUUGAAGAUGGAAUCUUUGAAGUCAAGUCCACUGCUGGUGAUACUCAUCUUGGUGGAGAAGACUUUGACAACAGAAUGGUCAACCACUUCAUUGCCGAGUUUAAGCGCAAGUACAAGAAAGACAUUAGUGACAACAAGAGAGCUGUCCGUCGUCUUCGUACAGCAUGUGAAAGGGCAAAGCGUACUUUGUCAUCCAGCACUCAGGCAAGCAUCGAAAUUGACUCUCUGUAUGAGGGAGUUGAUUUCUACACCUCCAUCACCAGAGCUCGCUUUGAGGAACUCAAUGCCGACCUCUUUCGCGGCACACUGGAUCCGGUGGAAAAAUCACUGCGUGAUGCCAAAAUGGACAAAGGGUUAAUUCAUGACAUUGUCCUGGUUGGUGGCUCUACUCGCAUCCCCAAGAUCCAAAAGUUGUUGCAGGACUUCUUCAAUGGAAAAGAACUGAACAAGAGUAUCAAUCCAGAUGAAGCUGUUGCCUAUGGUGCUGCUGUCCAAGCUGCCAUCCUCUCUGGUGACAAGUCAGAGAAUGUCCAGGACCUGCUACUACUUGAUGUUACUCCUUUAUCUCUUGGUAUUGAGACAGCUGGAGGUGUCAUGACUGUCCUGAUCAAGCGUAACACCACCAUUCCUACAAAGCAGACUCAGACCUUCACCACUUAUUCCGAUAACCAGCCAGGUGUGCUCAUUCAGGUAUAUGAAGGUGAACGUGCUAUGACCAAGGACAAUAACUUGUUGGGCAAGUUUGAGCUGACUGGUAUCCCACCAGCACCUCGUGGAGUUCCUCAGAUAGAAGUGACAUUUGAUAUUGAUGCAAAUGGCAUCAUGAAUGUCUCUGCAGUUGACAAGAGCACUGGCAAGGAGAAUAAGAUCACAAUCACUAAUGACAAGGGACGUCUCAGUAAGGAUGAUAUUGAACGCAUGGUUCGAGAAGCUGAGAAAUACAAAGAGGAGGAUGAUGUCCAACGUGACAAGGUUUCUGCAAAGAAUGGCCUGGAAUCUUAUGCUUUCAACAUGAAAUCAACCGUGGAGGAUGAAAAGCUUUCUGGCAAAAUCAGUGACGAUGACAAGAAAAAUAUAUUGGACAAAUGCAAUGAGGUCAUCAGCUGGCUUGACAAGAACCAGACUGCUGAAAAGGAUGAAUACGAGCAUCAGCAGAAAGAACUGGAGAAGGUGUGCAACCCUAUCAUCACAAAGCUGUACCAGAGUGCUGGAGGCAUGCCAGGUGGUUGCCAGAAGGUAUGCCUGGUGCAUUCCCGGGUGCUGGUGGUGCUGCGCCUGGUGGUGGAUCCUCUGGCCCAACCAUUGAGGAAGUUGACUAAGUAUUCCUUCACAUGCGAACAUAUUUCUCCAUCUAAGAAAGUAGCCCUCUUGUAGCAGUUUUAUCAUGCUGAAGAGUGUAAUUAUGGUUAAAAAACAAAACGGGGUUUAAGUUUUUUGUUUGGAACUGGAUUCAACAGCUGAAAGGGACACAAUCCAAUUGUUCUGGUUCAUUAGGAAUGUAUUCUUUUUGUUGACAAUAAAACUUGACCCUUUUUUGCAUCUAAA